GCGGCGGCGGCAGCGGCGGCGGCGGCAGGGCUGUUUGUUCUGCUCUCCCGCAGCCGAGUAGCCGAAGCGGCGGCUGCGGCGGUGGCGGCUGCCGGCGGUGCCCGCGGGUAAACGGGGCCUGUGAGCACGGCGGAGCGGUGGGCGCGGCGGGCGGGCCCCGGCGUCACACAGCAGCCCGACGAGGAGGCAGCGGCGGCGGGCGGCCAGCGGGGGCGGCGUGCGGCCUAGCGUCUCAGAGUGCCCGGUGAAGAAUGUGAUGGGAUCGGUAGAAUGUCUGCGGAGAGCGGCCCUGGGACAAGAUUGAGAAAUCUGCCCGUAAUGGGGGAUGGACUAGAAACUACCCAAAUGUCUACAACGCAGGCCCAGGCCCAACCCCAGCAAGCCAACGCAGCCAGCACCAAUCCCCCGCCCCCGGAGACCUCAAACCCAAACAAGCCCAAGAGGCAGACCAACCAACUGCAAUAUCUGCUCAAAGUGGUGCUCAAGACACUAUGGAAACACCAGUUUGCAUGGCCUUUCCAGCAGCCUGUGGAUGCCGUCAAGCUAAACCUCCCUGAGGGCAUUGGUGACCUUAGGAAGAUGAGACGCAGAAGUAGAAACCAGAUUCUCGACGGUGUGAAUGAGAAGGAUUACUAUAAGAUCAUUAAAACACCUAUGGAUAUGGGAACAAUAAAGAAGCGCUUGGAAAACAACUAUUACUGGAAUGCUCAGGAAUGUAUCCAGGACUUCAACACUAUGUUUACAAAUUGUUACAUCUACAAUAAGCCUGGAGAUGACAUAGUCUUAAUGGCAGAAGCUCUGGAGAAGCUCUUCUUGCAAAAAAUCAAUGAACUGCCCACAGAAGAAACGGAGAUCAUGAUAGUCCAGGCGAAAGGAAGAGGACGUGGGAGGAAAGAAGCAGGGACAGCAAAACCUGGCGUCUCGACGGUACCAAACACAACGCAAGCAUCAACUCCUCCGCAGACCCAGACCUCUCAGCAGAACCCACCACCUGUGCAGACCACACCUCACCCCUUCCCCGCCGUCACCCCAGACCUCAUCGUCCAGACCUCCGUCGUGACAGUGGUGCCUCCCCAACCACUGCAGACGCCCCCACCGGUGCCCCCCCAGCCACCACCCCCACCCACGCCAGCCCCCCAGCCCGUGCAGAGCCACCCGCCCAUCAUUGCGGCCACCCCCCAGCCUGUGAAGACAAAGAAGGGUGUUAAGAGGAAAGCGGAUACCACCACCCCCACCACCAUCGACCCCAUUCACGAGCCACCCUCGCUGCCCCCAGAGCCCAAGACCACCAAGCUGGGCCCCCGGCGGGAGAGCAGCCGGCCUGUGAAGCCCCCCAAGAAGGAUGCGCCUGACUCGCAACAGCACCCGGCGCCAGACAAGAGCAGCAAGGUCUCAGAGCAACUCAAGUGCUGCAGCGGCAUCCUCAAGGAGAUGUUCGCCAAGAAGCACGCCGCCUACGCCUGGCCCUUCUACAAGCCUGUGGAUGUGGAGGCGCUGGGCCUGCACGACUACUGUGACAUCAUCAAGCACCCCAUGGACAUGAGCACAAUCAAGUCGAAACUGGAGGCUCGUGAGUACCGCGAUGCUCAGGAAUUUGGUGCUGAUGUCCGGUUGAUGUUCUCCAACUGCUACAAGUACAACCCUCCCGACCAUGAGGUGGUGGCCAUGGCCCGCAAGCUCCAGGAUGUAUUCGAGAUGCGCUUUGCCAAGAUGCCAGACGAGCCUGAGGAGGCUGUGGUAGCUGUGUCCUCCCCUGCGGUGCCACCCCCCACCAAGGUUGUGGCCCCGCCCUCAUCCAGUGACAGCAGCAGCGAUAGCUCCUCAGACAGUGACAGCUCAACUGACGACUCUGAGGAGGAGCGAGCCCAGCGGCUGGCUGAGCUCCAGGAGCAGCUCAAAGCCGUGCACGAGCAGCUUGCAGCCCUCUCGCAGCCCCAGCAGAACAAACCAAAGAAAAAAGAGAAAGACAAGAAGGAGAAGAAAAAAGAAAAGCACAAAAAGAAGGAGGAAGUGGAGGAGAAUAAGAAAAGCAAAGCCAAGGAACUUCCUCCCAAGAAGACCAAGAAAAACAACAGCAGCAACAGCAACACGAGCAAGAAGGAGCCGGCGCCCAUGAAGAGCAAGCCCCCGCCAGCGUACGAGUCAGAGGAGGAGGACAAGUGUAAGCCUAUGUCAUACGAGGAGAAGCGCCAGCUCAGCCUGGACAUCAACAAGCUCCCGGGGGAGAAGCUGGGCCGCGUGGUGCACAUCAUCCAGUCACGGGAGCCCUCUCUCAAGAACUCCAACCCCGACGAGAUUGAGAUCGACUUCGAGACCCUGAAGCCAUCCACCCUCCGGGAACUGGAGCGCUACGUCACCUCCUGUUUGCGGAAGAAACGAAAACCUCAAGCCGAAAAAGUCGAUGUGACUGCCGGCUCCUCGAAGCUGAAAGGCUUCUCGUCGUCCGAGUCGGAGAGCACCAGUGAGUCCAGCUCCUCCGACAGCGAAGACUCCGAAACAGAGAUGGCUCCGAAGUCAAAAAAGAAGGGGCACCCCGGGAGGGAGCAGAAGAAGCACCAUCAUCACCACCACCAGCAGCUGCAGCAGGCCCCGGGCCCCGGGCCCCAGCAGCCCCCACCGCCCCCACCGCCCCAGCAGCAGCCGCCGCCCCCACCACCCCCACCCUCCAUGCCGCAGCAGGCUGCUCCUGCAAUGAAGUCCUCGCCCCCACCCUUCAUCGCUGCCCAGGUCCCCGUCCUGGAGCCCCAGCUCCCAGGCAGCGUCUUCGACCCCAUUGGUCACUUCACUCAACCCAUCCUGCACCUGCCGCAGCCCGAGCUGCCCCCUCACCUGCCCCAACCGCCCGAGCACAGCACUCCGCCUCAUCUCAACCAGCACUCGGUGGUCUCUCCUCCAGCUUUGCACAAUGCUCUGCCCCAGCAGCCAUCGCGGCCGAGCAAUCGAGCCGCCGCCCUGCCCCCCAAGCCCACCCGACCCCCAGCAGUGUCGCCCGCCCUGGCCCAGCCCCCCCUGCUCCCACAGCCCCCCAUGGCCCAGCCACCCCAAGUGUUGCUGCAGGAGGAUGAGGAACCGCCCACCCCGCCCCUCACCUCCAUGCAGAUGCAGCUCUACCUGCAACAGCUGCAGAAGGUGCAGCCCCCCACACCUCUACUCCCUUCCGUGAAGGUGCAGUCCCAGCCGCCACCCCCUCUGCCGCCCCCACCCCACCCCUCUGUGCAGCAGCAGCUACAGCAGCCGCCGCCGCCUCCGCCACCCCCCCAGCCGCAGCCACCCCCCCAGCCACAGCACCAGCCACCCCCCCGGCCUGUGCACAUGCAAUCCAUGCAGUUCCCCACCCACAUCCAGCAGCCCCCGCCACCCCCAGGCCCGCAGCCCCCCCACCCACCCCCGGGACAGCAGCCGCCCCCGCCCCAGCCUGCGAAGCCUCAGCAAGUCAUCCAGCACCACCCUUCACCCCGGCACCACAAGUCGGACCCCUACUCAACAGGUCACCUCCGUGAAGCCCCCUCCCCGCUUAUGAUACAUUCCCCCCAGAUGCAACAGUUCCAGAGCCUGACCCACCAAUCGCCGCCCCAGCAAAGUGUCCAGCCGAAGAAGCAGGUAAAGAGCAGGGCUGGGCCUCGGCCCCCAGGGCCAGGCAUGGGCCGGGGUCAAAGCCGCCCACCCGCCUCACCGGCCGCCGUGCCUGUGCCGUCCCAGGAGCUGCGCGCAGCCUCCGUGGUCCAGUCCCAGCCCCAGCCCCUGGUGGUGGUGAAAGAGGAGAAGAUCCACUCGCCCAUCAUCCGCAGCGAGCCCUUCAGCCCCUCACUGCGGCCGGAGCCCCCCAAGCACCCUGAGAGCAUCAAGGCCCCCGUCCACCUGCCCCAGCGGCCUGAGAUGAAAGCCGUGGAUGUCGGGAGGCCUGUGAUCCGACCCCCUGAGCAGAACGCACCCCCACCAGGGGCCCCGGACAAGGAUAAACAAAAGCAGGAGCCGAAGACGCCAGUUGCACCUAAAAAGGACCUCAAAAUCAAGAAUAUGGGCUCCUGGGCUAGCCUGGUGCAGAAGCACCCCACCACCCCAUCCUCCACAGCCAAGUCUUCGAGCGACAGCUUCGAGCAGUUCCGCCGUGCAGCCCGGGAAAAGGAGGAACGCGAGAAGGCCCUGAAGGCACAGGCCGAGCAUGCGGAGAAGGAGAAGGAGCGGCUACGGCAGGAGCGCAUGAGGAGCCGCGAGGACGAGGAUGCGCUGGAACAGGCCCGGCGAGCCCACGAGGAGGCGCGCCGGCGCCAAGAGCAGCAGCAGCAGCAGCAGCAGCGGCAGGAGCAGCAGCAACAGCAGCAGCAGCAACAGGCAGCCGCCGUGGCCGCUGCUGCCGCGGCCGCCGCCCCCCAGGCCCAGAGCUCCCAGCCCCAGUCCAUGCUGGACCAGCAGCGGGAACUGGCCCGAAAGCGGGAGCAGGAGCGAAGGCGCCGGGAAGCGAUGGCAGCUACCAUUGACAUGAAUUUCCAGAGUGACCUGUUGUCAAUAUUUGAAGAAAAUCUUUUCUGAGAGCACCUAGGUGACUUCUGACUUUGAUUUUCUGGCAAAACGUUGACUCUCCAUAGUGUUAGGGGCGGCAGCGGAGGCGGUAGCAGUGGCCAGGCCUGGCCCUCGUGCAUGCUACGCCGGGGCGGGCCUGACGGGCAGCUGAGGACCGCAGAGCCCAUCUGCCUUACAGCCAGCCGGAUGUCCCGCCACCCACACAGGACGUCAGCUCAGAGCACGUCUCGCCAUGAGCAAGUGCCGGCCAGACCCAAGCCCGCGUCCCCGCUGCGGGUAGAGGCCCUUCUCUCCGCCAAAUGUCUACACAGUAUACACAGGACAUCAUUGCUGCCGCCACCGUGACUGGUUUUCUGUCCCCGAGAACAUGACGUUUAUGACGUCCUGCCCACGGGGAAUCCUUCCCCACACCCCAGUCUCCACCUCCUGCCCCCAGGAGACCAGGGCAGACUCGAGCGAGCUGGAGGCAGGCGAGGGCAGCAGCCCAUCCCCUUGCUGGCACUGACUGCCUUUGAACAGGUCCCACCCGCCCCUGCCCCCACAAGCCUUUAACCGAGAGCCGCUCUCUGUAAGUGUUCGCUUGUGCAAAAGGGAAUAGUGCCGUGGAGGUGUGUGUGUCCAUGGCAAUCCAGAGCGAAGUGACUGUCACACGCGUGUGGGCUGGCCUCUCCCGGCGAGUGAGGCCACCAACCAAAGUCAGUUCCUUCCCACCUGUGUUUCUGGUUUUGUUUUUUGUUUUGUUUUUCUAUAUAUAUAUUUUUUGUUGGAUUCUAUUUUAUUUUUAAUUCUCUCUUCUCCAAACACAAUGGCACUGCUUAUCUCCAAAAUGGUGUGAUCCUCUCAUUGGGCGGUGGCUGCCACCGCGCUGUGGGUAGUGUGUGACCGUGGCUGUACUGUAUAGUGAAACAUAGUCGGCAUAUCUUUGAAGUUUGUUGGUGACUCCACCAAACUGGUGU